GCGGCUGCAUCUGGAGUCGCUCGCUGACCACCAGGGCCUCGGGUGGAGCGGCAAGCGAGGCGCUCGGGCCGUGUUCUCCCAACCGCAGCUGCCGCCGCUGACCGGGUGAAGGAAGUCAGCCGGGUCCGGGGUGAAGAGUGAAACCCAGGAAAGGAACAUGAGGCUUCCUUGGAGAUCUUUCAAGAGGAACAUGGAAGGGGGAUUUUAAAAUAGAGUGAAACUGUGGGCUGCAAGACUGGGGCCUGAGGGCUGGCACUGGAAAACCCUGUUGGGCUGUGAUCUCUCACUGAAGAGUUCCACGUGCCUUUUUACUUCUUGCAAAAGAAAGGAAGACAAAGAGAAGACCAUGUCCAUAGCCCUGAAGCAGGUGUUCAAUAAGGAUAAGACCUUUCGGCCCAAGAGGAAAUUUGAACCUGGCACACAGCGGUUUGAGCUGCACAAGCGUGCUCAGGCCUCUCUCAACUCGGGGGUGGACCUGAAGGCAGCCGUACAGUUACCCAGCGGGGAGGACCAGAAUGACUGGGUGGCUGUGCAUGUGGUAGACUUCUUCAAUCGCAUCAACCUCAUCUAUGGCACCAUCUGUGAGUUCUGCACUGAGCGGACCUGCCCUGUGAUGUCCGGGGGCCCCAAAUAUGAGUAUCGGUGGCAGGAUGACCUCAAGUACAAGAAACCCACUGCACUGCCAGCUCCCCAGUACAUGAACCUGCUUAUGGAUUGGAUUGAAGUCCAGAUCAACAAUGAGGACAUAUUUCCAACGUGUGUGGGCGUCCCCUUCCCAAAGAACUUCCUUCAAAUCUGCAAGAAGAUCCUGUGCCGCCUUUUUCGGGUCUUUGUCCACGUCUACAUCCACCACUUCGACCGGGUCAUUGUGAUGGGUGCAGAGGCUCACGUCAACACCUGCUACAAACACUUCUAUUUCUUUGUCACAGAGAUGAACCUCAUAGACCGCAAGGAGCUAGAGCCCUUGAAAGAGAUGACAGCCAGGAUGUGUCACUAACACCCCACCUCAUCAGAAGAAGGAAAGCUGUUUCCAUCCAGGAGUCCCCGUGGGACAGAAGUGGCCCUCUCCGGCUGAAAUGGCCCCUACUUCCAGGAACAGGAGAGCUGGAAACCCACACAGGGACUUCUGGGGACUCUGAAAGACAUUUCCUAUUCACUUCCUGUGUUCUUAACCCUCUGAGUGCUGCUAGCCAGGGCCUGUGGGCCAGGCAGACCACGGCGUGAAGAAGGACCGGUCUUGGCCCCUUGGGCUGGGGACAGCAAAGGAGGCCUCUGCUGACGUCACACUCCAGCCUGUGGCCUGCCACCUGAGCUUUACUGGAGUUCAGGUUUUGAGACUGAGGGUUUAUCUGUAUCUUUCCCCUUGUGUCAGACUUUUCUGUUAUUUGUUUUCUAAGUAUGAGGCGAAUCUGGGGAUUCUAGAUAGGCAGUUAGUUCUCCUAACCCUGCCCUUCCUCUAGGCUCUUUGGGCGCCCACCCUGGGCCUGUGGCUUAAGCUGUGUGGGGCUUGGACCUGGGAGAAGCAUGCCGUUUCCCUCAUCUGUGGUUUCACCAGGGUCCACCCCAUGUGCUGGCUCAUCUCUUCCUCUUUCCAUUCUAACCAUUAGGAAGAGACUGGUAACUGGAAUAAAGCUAGCAAGUUGCCAGUCUGCCCUGGUCAGAAUCCAUUCUUUGUAGCCACAGUCAGCCCUAGACUCAUCUAUUGAAGAUAUUUUUUCCUAUUUUCCAGAAGAGAAAAAUCAAGUCAUAAGUGACCACUAGGAUCCCCGAGGCAGAUGGGUGAUGCAGGGUUUGUUCUUUGUUAAAAGUUAGAGAAUCCUGGCUGUCCCUACAAACUAUGCUAGCAUUUCAGUGACUACAGAAAAAAGCAGUUGGCAUUUGUUAUGUGUAGAUUAAACACCCAGAGUGUAGUAGAUGAAAUGUCGCCUUCUCUGAUUCAUUCACAAAACUGUGGUCCUGACACCUUGGACUAGGGAGUGCUAAUACUUCCCAUAUUUUAUUUCAGUAAAGUAUCUGUUGGUGGAGGGAAGUAGACACGAAUGUGUUCAAGCAUUUGAUGUAAUAACAAUAGAUAAGCUGCUCUGAUUUUGUUUUGGUUUUUUAUAUAGACUAUGUUAAAACCACAAAAACCUAGGAAGCACAAAGUAUUUGUUCAACUAUGAAAAGGCUGACUACAUGGGCACAGCGGCCUUCUGAGUGACCCGGCCACGCAGAGCAGCCUUGCUUCCUGUCUCCUGGAUGCUGUCUCCUGGAGGCUGCCCCUCUUCACCACGUUUUUGGUUGUGCUCUGGUCUGCAGAACCUUUUUUUCCUCUUCCUAAGAAACUUUUAGAGGCCAAGCUAGGCAAGAGUUUUUGUCAACAUUCCUUUUGGCUAAGUGGAUUCCUGGCAGCCCUAAGGACCCAGAGAAACAAAAGCCCAAAAUUCUCUGCCUACGCACUUGCAACACACAGUACCACAGUACCGCAUGGAAAUGCAGGAUGGUGGGGCUGAGAGAUGACAGUGAGGGGCCGUGGCCUCAGGGACUCAGUACCUUGGACAACCACAGAGUUUUGCAUUAAGAAGUUGAAUAUGCCGGGCAUGGUGGCGCACGCCUUUACUCCCAGCACUUGGGAGGCAGAGGCAGGCGGAUCUC